AUGAGCGGCGUCGUGGACGCCUUCGCGGCGUGGCUGACGUCGCACGGCGCGAGCUUCGACGCCGUCGAGCUCCGCGACGCGACCGCGGACGACGCCGCGCGGCGAUCGGCGGCGAACGACGCCGACGACGACGACGACGUGUGCCACGACGGAUGGCAGCGCGGCCGCGGCGUGUUCGCGCGCGCGGACUUCAAGAAGGGCGACGUCGUCGCGUCCGUGCCGUACGCCGCGUGCAUCGGCACCGCGGGCUUGCGGUCCGUCGUCGGGAGCGGGAAGCCGCCGCCGUUCGACGGCGCGACGCCCGCGGAGUGCCUCGCGUGGCAGCUCUUUCAGAUCGUCGGCGACGAGCGUUGGGCGCCCUACGUCGACGCGCUCCCCGCGACGAUCGACGCGCCGUGCAGCGGGUGCUGGGACCACGGCGAGAUCGCGGAGCUGCAGAUCGGCGACGCGAUCGCGUCCGUCGCGGUCGCGCUCGGGAAGGAUCUCAAGUCCGCGCGGCGCGUCGUCGUGAUCGUCGAGGGCGACGAUUGCGACGACGACGAGAAAAAGAAAAAGACGCACGAGCGUUGGCUCUGGGCGCUGUCGUGCGUGCGAUCGCGCGCGAUAGGGCUCACCCCGGAGGGCGGCGGCGCGAAACAGGUCAUGCUCGUGCCUCUGGUGGACAUGCUGAACCACGCGCACGAGGACGCGUCCGUCGCGUGGUCGUCCGCGAUAGACGACGACGACGUCGACGCCGACGAAUCGAAAUCGAAAUCGAAAACGAAAACGAAAACGAAGACGAAGACGAAAACGAAGACGGACGCGACCGAACCCCCCCCCGCCGGCGGACGCGUCACGCUCGUCGCGCGGCGCGACAUCGCCGCCGGGGAGGAGCUCUUGAUCACGUACUCCGAGAAGUCCCCGACGGACCCGUUCACGCUGCGAAUGGGCUUCGUCGGCGGCCACAACCCGCACGACUCCGUUCAGAUCUUCGUCAAUCUCCCGCACGCGGCGGGGUGGUACGCGGACACGUUCAAGAGCGAGGGCGGGGAGGACCUCGUCGACCGCGCGGUCGCGAUGCACGUCGCGGAACAGAUCGAGGCGUCCAUUCGGACGUUCGCGCCGGAGGAGUCCGCGCCGAGGCUGGGGUACGGCGGACAGUGCAGCGAGUACUUGGUCACGAUGUUUGAGCGAUUUAACAAAGAGGUGGCGCCCGAGGAGGAUCCGCACGCGUUGGCCGCGCACGCGGUGCGGCUGCGGUGCGAGGAGCUGCUGCUGUCGUACCCCACGAAUCUCGCGGAGGACAUGGAGCUGUUGGACGCGCCGGAAGGGUCAAGCUCGCGGCGGUUCAAGCUCGCGGUGGAAUUUCGGCUGCGGAAGAAGGCGAUCUUGCAGCACAUGUUGAUGGCGGCGGAGGACGUCGCGGAGGAGGAGGCGGCGCUCGCGGCGGCGGCGAAGGCGGAGAACGGCGCGGGAGGGGGGAAGGGCAGAGGGAGAGAGAAAGAGAAAGAGAAGAAGAAGGGCGAGGGCGAGCGGUGAGAGGAGCCGCGUUUUCGUGCGCGGGCGUUGAAAACGCGUCGCGGGUUCCGUUC